AUGGAGUCUGGACUUUCUUCUUCUUCGAAGGGUUUCAUGGAUAUUGUGGAGCAACCUCAUGUUUUGGCUGUGGAUGACAGUGAUAUUGAUCGGAAACUUAUCGAAAAGCUGCUCAAGAAUUUCUCUUGUAAAGUGACUACUGCAGAAAAUGGGGCAAGAGCAUUGGAGUUUCUAGGCUUGGGAGAUCAUCCAAACCAUUGCAAUGUCUCAAAGGUAAAUCUGGUAAUUACAGACUAUUGUAUGCCAGGAAUGACAGGAUAUGAACUGCUUAAGAAAAUCAAGGAAUCAUCAGUCAUGAAGGAGGUUCCGGUGGUGAUUAUGUCAUCUGAAAACAUACCGAACCGGAUUAACAAGUGUUUGGAGGAAGGUGCUCAGAUGUUCAUGCUAAAACCGCUCAAACAGUCGGAUAUUAAGCAACUGAGAUGUCAUCUGAAGAACUGUGGGAACUGA